AUGGCAGAUGGUCCAACUCUUAACGCCCAAAUAGUUCGUGGUCUCCAAGACCGGUUAUAUGACAAACGAAAAGCAGCAGCACUAGAGGUCGAGAAACUUAUAAAAGACUAUGCGGGAAGUAAAGAUGUCGAGCGAGUUCGCGGAAUACUCGAUACGCUUGUUCAAGAGUUUGCAUAUUCUGUUAAUGCUAAUGCGCGCAAUGGGGGGUUAAUUGCUUUAGCAGCCGCCUCAAUAGCAUUGGGCCAAGACGUUGCGACGUAUUUGGACGAUAUAGUGCCACCGGUACUUGCUUGUUUUGCCGAUCAAGAUUCAAGAGUGAGAUAUUAUGCGUGUGAAAGUAUGUAUAAUAUUGCAAAAGUCGCUAAAGGCGAAAUAUUGCGAUAUUUCAAUGAAGUAUUUGAUGCGAUGAGUAAGCUUGCAGCGGAUCCAGAGCUUUCAGUCAAGAAUGGUGCGGAACUUUUAGAUCGAUUGAUUAAAGAUAUCGUUGCAGAGCAGUCUACCACCUAUGUAUCAAUUCUGGUAUCUUCAAGUGUGGGAAAUGACACAGAUAUAGACUCGACAGCGCCGCGUACUACAGCAUUCUCUCUGCCUCGUUUUAUACCUUUACUCUCAGAACGUAUUCACGUCAAAAACCCAUUUACCCGCAACUUUUUGGUAUCUUGGAUUACAGUUCUCGACUCGAUCCCCGAUCUCGAACUUGUAUCAUUUCUUCCCGAUUUUUUGGACGGCCUAUUGAAUUUUCUGAGCGAUCAAAAUAAAGAUGUUCGAUAUGCUACUUCAACUGUUCUUGCUAACUUUUUGGCGGAAAUUCGUGAAGCUGUCGAAGUUAGAGAACAGCAAAAAACGCAAGCAUUGAAAAGUUAUUAUGUUGAGCAACAGCGAAAGGCACUGAAUUCUUCAGAGACUACAAGUGAUACGGGAGAAUAUGUCAAAGAUAGUGAUAUUCUUGAGGAGGGUGUAAUGGUCAAGGCCUCGUUGGAUGGAAAUGAAAUUAAUUGGGAUGCGGUUUCUAUUAAUGAAAGUGAAGGGAAGGGAAAAGGUUCUUGGGUACCGGGACAAGGCGUUGUAAUUAAUUAUACUAGAAUUGUACAGAUAUUAAUGCCACAUUUGUCCUCGCAAGAGGAAGAAAUACAAGCAACAGCACUUCGAAACAGUGCUAUUGAUGCCAACUCAAACCUUUAUAAACUGAUUGUCGAUACUCCUACAACUCCACCGCCCGCUUAUUCUACUAUCAAAGAAAUUUCAUCUGCUCAUGCACCAUCUAUGGUUUCAACGGUAUUUUUAACAUCUGCUAUGAUCUUGGCUUCUUCUAACAAUGAAUUGACUCCACAAUAUUCUCUUCAAUCGAUAAUAAAGGAGAAUAAUAAUGGAUUAGUAAGUGACCCGUUUGAUUAUCAGGCGACUGUUGAUGCGUUGAUGCAUCAGCUAAUGAAUGAGCAUGAAGAGACUCGUGUUGCCAGCUUAGAAUGGCUUUUGAUGCUCCAUAAAAAAGCACCGAAAAAGAUUUUAGCAAUAGAUGAUGGUACUUUUCCUGCAUUACUUAAAACAUUGUCGGAUACUUUCGAAGAGGUUGUCAAGCGAGACUUGCAGCUUCUUGCUCAAAUAUCUUCUAAUUCCGAAGAUGAAUAUUUUACGAGAUUCAUGGUCGAUUUGUUGAAACUUUUCAGUACUGAUCGUCGGCUUUUAGAAUCAAGAGGUAGUUUGAUUAUUCGACAAUUAUGUUUAAGUCUUAAUUCUGAACGAAUAUAUCGUAGUUUUGCGGAGAUUUUGGAAAAAGAGGAGGAUUUAGAAUUCGCAUCCACAAUGGUACAAAACCUCAAUAUAAUCCUCAUCACAUCACCUGAGCUUUCCGAUCUGCGUAAACGGCUCAAAAGUCUCGAGACAAAAGAUGGACAAAUGCUGUUCACCGUGCUCUACAAAUCAUGGUCGCAUAACCCUGUAUCAACUUUUUCACUCUGCCUUUUAGCACAAGCUUAUGAACAUGCAGCAAAUUUACUACAAAGUUUCGCAGAAUUAGAUAUAACAGUGAAUCUACUUAUACAGAUUGACAAACUGGUUCAAUUGCUUGAGUCUCCUGUAUUUACAUAUCUUCGUCUUCAAUUGCUAGAACCUGAGAAAUACCCUAAUCUUUUCAAAUGUUUAUAUGGAUUAUUGAUGCUGUUACCACAGAGCAGUGCAUUCGCUACAUUAAGAAACCGUCUAAAUACUGUUAGUUCAAUGGGAUUCUUACAUUUAAUUCCAAAAACGAACCCGCCACCGGACACAAAAUCUAGAUCAAUUAAGACAGCCGUUGUUGUCAAAGACGACGGUAUCAAGUGGCAAGAUCUCUUAAUACAUUUUCGUGCAGUGCAGGCUAAGCAUGAAAAAACACGGAAGCAAACUCAACAAGCAACUGGAAGAUCUAGCAGCGCAACACGACGUCGACGCGACCGUGAUCGGGACCGAUCCCAACAGACCAACAAUAUUUCAGGUCAACCAUCUUCUAGUAAAACAUUAUUACCAGUCCCUGGUGGUGGUAGCAUGAUUCCAGGUGUUGUUAGUGUAUCGUCUUCACAGGGAAGUCAUGGCAACAUCGUGCAUAGUAAUGGAGAACCAAAAAAUCGACGAAUGAGCAAUAGCGAUGGGUCGAGGGCCUCUAGGGCUUUAAGUCCUGCAAAGCGUAUCCCAA